CGGUGGCCGAGACGGCGCAAAUCAUGGAUGGCCGCCGCUCUGCGCUGUAAACGCCGCUGCUUCGGUCGCUUGGGAUCGUUGCCCGGCUGGUUGGCGGCGGCCACUCGCCUCGUCAGCAUGGAGGCGGCCGCCUCGUCCUCGGCGCCGGCCCCGCGGUGGCUCAGCGCUCUGCGGUUCGACAACCGGGCUCUGCGGGCUCUGCCGCUGGAUCCGAGCGAAGAGAACGUCCCUCGGCCCGUGCCGGGCGCCUGCUUCUCCCGGGUGCUGCCCACGCCAGUGCGGGGCCCGCGGCUGGUGGCUUCCUCCGCGCCGGCGCUGGCUCUGCUGGGCCUGAGGGAACCGCAGAGCCCGGAGGAGGAAGAGGAGGCCGCGCUCUACUUCAGCGGGAACCGGCUGCUGCCGGGAGCGGAGCCGGCCGCCCACUGCUACUGCGGCCACCAGUUCGGCAGCUUUGCGGGGCAGCUGGGCGACGGCGCGGCCCUGUACCUGGGGGAGGUGUUGAACCCGCGAGGGGAGCGGUGGGAGAUCCAGCUCAAGGGCGCCGGACUGACCCCUUUCUCCAGACAAGCAGAUGGCCGUAAAGUUCUGAGAUCCAGCAUAAGAGAAUUCCUUUGCAGUGAAGCUAUGUUUCAUCUAGGAAUACCAACCACCAGAGCAGGGACAUGCGUAACAUCGGAUUCAGAAGUUAUUCGAGAUAUAUUUUAUGAUGGAAAUCCCAAGAAAGAAAAGUGUACAAUCGUACUAAGAAUAGCACCAACAUUUAUUAGGUUUGGAUCAUUUGAAAUUUUUAAAUCUGCUGAUGAAUUUACAGGACGUAAAGGUCCCAGUGUUGAUAGAAAUGAUAUUAGAAUUCAAAUGCUUGAUUAUGUGAUCAGCACAUUCUAUCCAGAUAUUCUACAAACACACCCUGACAAUAUUGUUCAGAGAAACGCUGCUUUCUUUCGAGAGGUAUCAAGACGGACAGCCAGGAUGGUUGCUGAAUGGCAGUGUGUUGGAUUUUGUCAUGGUGUGCUCAACACAGAUAAUAUGAGUGUGCUUGGACUUACAAUUGACUAUGGACCUUUUGGAUUUAUGGAUAGAUAUGACCCUGAACACAUUUGCAAUGGAUCUGAUAACUCAGGACGAUAUGCUUAUAAUAAGCAACCAGAGAUUUGUAAGUGGAAUCUAACCAAGUUUGCUGAAGCUUUAGUCCCAGAACUUCCACUAGAAACCAGCAUGCCCAUUCUGGAGGAGGAAUACGAUGCCGAAUUUGAAAAGCAUUAUUUGCAAAUCAUGAGAAGGAAACUAGGUUUAAUUCAGCUUCAGAUAGAUGAAGAUCAUAAACUGGUCUUGGAACUCUUGGAGACUAUGCACAUCACAGGUGCAGAUUUUACAAAUACUUUCCGCUUGUUGAACUCAUUUCCUGUGGAAUUUGAUCCUUUAAACCUAGAAGAGUUUCUGGAUCAGAUCUCAAAACAAUGUGCGUCACUGGAGGAAUUGAAAGUUGCCUAUAAGCCUCAGAUGGAUCCCAGACAACUUUCCAUGAUGCUGAUGUUAGCACAGUCUAACCCACAACUCUUUGCCUUAUUUGGAACAAAAUCUAAUAUCAAUAAGGAAUUGGAACGAAUAGAACAGUUCUCUAAGCUGCAGCAAUUAACAGCUUCCGAUUUAGUCAAUAGAAAUAAAAAAACCUGGACAAAUUGGCUGCAGAAGUACAGACUUAGGCUAGAAAAGGAAAUGGAACACAUUAGCAAUACUGACACGUGGAAUGAUGAGCGUCUGAAAAUUAUGAAUGCCAGCAAUCCAAAAUAUAUAUUGAGGAACUACAUUGCUCAAAGGGCUAUUGAAGCAGCAGAAAAUGGUGACUUUCUAGAGGUGAGACGAGUCUUGAAAGUCCUAGAAAGGCCAUAUGAGGAUUCAGAAGGCUUCCUGGAGGUCUCUGAGGAGAGGGAGGAGGAAGAAAGUGGGAUGGCAGCUGCUUCUGCUGUUGCUACCUGCAGCUCAGGAACCCAGGAAAGAAUUCCAUAUGGCAGCAAGCCUCCACUUUGGGCCUCUGAGCUCUGUGUGACCUGAUCUUCGUAACCGCCUUGCCAAAGUUUUCCACACAAGAGUUUGCGAAGCCUCAGGAGUGGAAAGAGUAGCAAGGUGCUGUAGAAGUGCUAUUAAGUCUGAACAGACCAUUUGGAUGUUUUCCUGUCUCACCUGAGCCACCUUUAUUUUAUCAGUUGUGACAAUGAUCCGGGUACCCACUUCAUAUCAUAGAUCGGGUAACUUAGCAGGUUGAAGUUUUAUCUUCUUUGUUGAGCAGGAAAUGUUAUUAUAUUUUUAUGCAUACUGGCUGGUGAACAUCCAAAUGAAAUCUGUGUUUUUGAAGACAAAAAUAUAAAACCAGAUGCUGGAUGUAUUUUUGUCUGAAAACGAACUACCUAGUACUUCAGAGCUAUGUUUUUAAUUUUAAGAUUUUAAUUUUAAGAAUAGACUCUCCUGCUCGAGCAGGGGAUUGGACUAGAUGACCUCCAAGGUCCCUUCCAACUCUGUUAUUCUAUGAUUCUCAUUUUUACUUAUGCAGGGAUAUUUUGAUUCUUUCAUUGAGAAGUGAGUUGCUUUUAUUUUGAAGAUGUGUUUCACUUAAGCAGAUUGUUCAUUUAUUGGGAACCUCUGUGUCUUGAUCAUGAAAAUAUUACCUCAGAGCUUUAGGGAAUUAGUAAAACUGCACACUGUAAAAAAGCAAAUAGAUAAAAUUCAGACAAAUAUUUUCAACACCUACUUUACAAUGGAGUUGAGGACAAUCUAUUUCCACAUAUAUAUUCAGAAACCCAAGUCACUGUCUCCACUUCCUUGUGAAUUAGGAACCAUGCAGCAAAUUAUGCUUUUGUUUUUGGUUCAAGGCUGUAUCCAACUUUCUGGGUUUCUGCAUGCAGUUCAAUGAAUGAGGAAUACUUAACACUUUACUCCCCCAAAAUAGAUUUUCAAACUUAAUGGCACCAAUUUCUUGUUGAAUAGAUGAACAAACUGAAUUUAGCUUUGUUACUCCUUAAGGGUAACUAAGGUCCUUAAGGAGUGAUUCAUUAGCCCUCUAACUUAAGGAAUAUAGCCACAGAGUGACAUCUUUAAACUAUAUUGCUGUAGUAAAUAAAAAUAUAAAUGACUGAUUUUGAACAAGCCUUCCGCAUUCCAAUGUUGCAUUUUAUAUAGGUUGUGUGUUUUUUGUGUUUCAAAUUUGCUACCUCAGGAGAGUCUUCCAUUUUUCCACCUUUUGCUAUCUCGGGUUUACUGCCCGCUUAUAUUUUGAUUACAUUUGACUAUAGCAUUUAGCAUAUAUUUCAUAUAUUUCAGUUAAAGAUUGUUCAAUAAAGUAACUGGAUGAAAAUAUAUCAUCUCUAACUGAAGAAUAUAUGUUUCAAAAGGGUGGGUGGCCAUGGCUACAGUUAGAAGACAUUUUGUCGUGUUUUCAUUGAUUGGUGCUGGGAUGUGAUGAAACAUCAAAGCUAUGCUCUUGUUGCAUUAAUCAUGAAUUCUUGCUUCUGUGGAUAAGGUUGACAAACAGCAGAUAAAUUCUGAAAAAUCAAAAAUCUAGACUACAGGUGGUCCUUGAGUUACAACCAUAAUGGAGCCUGCCUAUCAUGGUUGUAAGUUGUGAUGGUUGUAAAAUGGGUCAGUCACAGGAUCCAGCCUUAUUUUACAGUUUUUUCUGCUGCAGUCAUUAAGCAAACACCAUAGUUGGUAAGCAGAUGCCAAGUUGGUUAAGCAAACCCAUUGUUCAUUAUGGCAUUAUAGCCAGAAAUGCCAGUUUUGGGCAAAACUCUCAUAAAAUCUAGUCAACUGACUGCAGGAUUCUGCAAGCAGCUGUAAAUGCACCAGUGUUAUCAAGUGCUCAAAUGUGAGGUCAUACAACAGCAAGGUUGGGGCAACUGUCAGAACUUCAGAUCCAGAUUGUAAGUCUCCUUUUGUGGAUCCAUCUUUGAAUAGUCACUAACCAACUGGUCUAAGUAAAGGACCACCUGUAUUAAGAUAUUAAUAAGACUGUAAGUCAUACUAUGAUUAUUAAUAGGUCACUAAGUUACACUAUUAAAAGGUCUUAUGUUUCUAAGUCUUUGGGGUACUUGUUUAAAUAAAACAAAAUAGGACAAAUGUGAAUAAAAUUAAGUAAUUGUAUUGGCUCUAGGUUUCAGGGUUUUUGGCAAGGUAAUAAAAAUACACCACAUGAAUGUUGUUACCAUAAUUUAAGUAUUUUAAAUGAGUGCUAUGAUUUUCAUCCGUGCAUAAAAUCUGCAAGCUGUCGACAUGAGCUAUAUUAAUUGAAAAUAAAUGAAUUUGAUCAUGUUUA